UCGUAAGCGGAAGUACGAAUACGCAAGAAUUCAGUACACGGAGGAAGAGCGAGCGACAUCUGUACAGUACAAGAUGGAUACACUAAUAUUGGAACCCUCUCUGUACACUGUAAAAGCGGUUCUGAUCAUGGAUAAUGAUGGAGAGAGACUGUAUGCAAAGUAUUAUGAUGACACAUAUCCCACUGUGAAAGAGCAGAAAGCCUUUGAGAAGAACAUCUUCAACAAGACGCACAGAACAGACAGUGAAAUUGCAUUGCUAGAGGGUCUAACGGUUGUGUACAAGAGCAACAUUGAUUUAUAUUUCUACGUAAUCGGCAGCUCUCAUGAAAAUGAGCUGAUGCUUAUGUCAGUGUUGAAUUGUCUUUUUGAUUCUCUGAGUCAAAUGUUGAGGAAAAAUGUGGAAAAGAGAGCCCUGCUUGAAAAUAUGGAGGGUCUUUUCUUGGCCGUUGAUGAGAUUGUUGAUGGAGGAGUGAUUCUGGAGAGCGACCCACAGCAGGUGGUUCACCGUGUCGCAUUGAGGGGCGAUGACGUGCCACUGACAGAACAGACAGUCACUCAGGUGCUACAGUCAGCGAAGGAGCAGAUCAAAUGGUCUCUCCUGCGAUAGGAUUCUUCUGCUUUCUGUCCUGAACUGAAGCGAGGAAAAGCUAUGAGAGAGCACCUCUUUUCAUCACUACUGUCCCUUUCUGCCCUUUUCUCUGUGAGUGUUUUCAUGACUGUUAAAGUGCACAUUCACUGAAAACCACUUCUCCAGUUUCUCUCACUCCAGAUAAGACCAGGAACAGCGCUAUUUCUACACAUUAACACAAGAGGAAGAAGCUUGCCGGGACUUUCUUUUUGGGAAAAGUACCCGGGUGUUUUUUUUUAAGCCCAUUCCAGUAAGCGCUUGAAUAUAUGGCUGGUUUAGUGAAUGAUAUCACUGUUGUACUGAGAUUUUCAUGAGGAUUCAUGUACAUUCCAGUGGUCGAUCCUUUCUCUGUUUUUGGAUUGAAGUAAAGAAAGUUUCAUCCCA